AUGUUGAACAAAAAAGUUUUGAUAAUUGUUGGUAUCGCUAUUCUCGUCAAACUCAAGCUGUUAAAUCUGAAUAUCCUUGGAGUUGAGGGGCAAUGUGGAGUAUGCAAUACAACAAUUCACUAUGCGUGUUUGAGCAAAACGCAAUUCGCAAGAUGUAAUGAUACAUUUUGGGAUCUGACGACAGUUGACGAGUGUCCAAAACAUUCAGUUUGCAAUCUUUCGUUGCCACUUAAACAUCAAAAAACGCCUUGCUUUGAUAGUCACACUCAUCAUGGAGAAAUUGUGAAGGAAUCGUGUAAGAAUGAACCGCUGAUGUUUAAACUUCCUAAACUAAAGCCAGAAGAUGAACCAGCAGUUGGACAAUGUGGAGUAUGCAAUACAACAAUUCAUUAUGCUUGUUUGAGCAAAACGCAAUUCGCAAGAUGUAAUGAUACAUUUUGGGAUCUGACGACAGUUGACGAAUGUCCAAAACAUUCAGUUUGCAAUCUUUCGUUGCCACUUAAACAUAGAGACAAACCUUGCUUUGAUAGUCACACUCAUCAUGGAAAAAUUGUGAUGGAAUCGUGCAAAAAUGAACCGCUGAUGUUUAAACUUCCUAAACUAAAGCCAGAAGACGAACCAGCAGUUGGACAAUGUGGAGUAUGCAAUACAACAAUUCAUUAUGCUUGUUUGAGCAAACCGCAAUUCGCAAGAUGUAAUGAUACAUUUUGGGAUCUGACGACAGUUGACGAGUGUCCAAAGCAUUCAGUUUGCAAUCUUUCGUUGCCACUUAAACAUCAAGAAACGCCUUGCUUUGAUAGUCACACCCAUCAUGGAGAAAUUGUUAUGGAAACGUGUAAAAAUGAACUGCUGAUGUUUAAACUUCCUACAAUGAAGCCAGAAGACCAACCAUUCGAUCCAACAACUUUCUGUUCAGAUCGUUCUGUCGGACUUUUCCCGCAUCCAACAAAUCUCGACUGCUCAUAUUAUGUUCGCUGUUUCGUAGAAAACAGUAUAAAUAUGGGAGCUGUCUUGAUGUGCCCAGGAUCAUCACGUUUCAAUCCGUAUAAGCGUCUUUGUGAUAUCUCGGAAAAGUGUCAGACUUAA